GCCACCGCAGCGCUUGGGUUCCGAGGGAGGAAGGGCAGCGGUGAAGAGCAGCCCGCCUCACCGGCCCGGUUUCGAUUUCCCCGCGGCUCCUCCUCCGUCCCCACAGCCCGUCGCCGUGCCCAUGUCUCGGGCGGGGGGCGAUGGCACCGGCGCGCUGGAGCGGGCCGGAGCGGAAACGUUGAAGCGGGCGGUGGAAUUGGACCUGGCGUCUCGCUUCCAGGAGUCCCUGGUGUGCUACCAGGAGGGCAUCGACCUGCUGCUGCAGGUGGUGAAAGGAACGAAGGAUGAGGCAAAGAAGCAGCGGUACCGGCAGAAAAUAUCCGAGUACAUGACCAGGGCUGAAGACAUAAAAAAGUAUAUUGAGAAGGAGAAGCAAGAUGGCAAAUACCAUAAGCAAAUCAGGAUAGAGGAAAAUGCAACAGGUUUUGGCUAUGAGAAGCUUUUCCAGGAGUAUCUGACUGAGAUUGUUUCUGAAGUAUGGGUGGAGGACCCCUACAUUAGGCACGUCCAUCAGUUGUAUAAUUUCCUGCGAUUCUGUGAGAUGCUGGUUAAGGGGCCGUGCAAAGUGAAAACAAUCCACCUCCUCACUUCCUAUGAUGAAGGCAGUGGGAGGAAUCAACAGACAAGUGGCUUGGAAGAAAUAAAGCAGUCAUUGAGGAAUCAUGGGAUAACACUGAAUGUUGCAUUUUCAUCUUCAAUCCAUGAUCGAGAAAUUAGAUUCAACAAUGGAUGGAUGAUUAAGAUUGGAAGGGGUCUUGAUUAUUUUAAGAGGCCACAGGGUCGUUUUAGUAUUGGAUACUGUGACUUUGACUUGCGACCUUGCCAUGAAACAACAGUGGAUGUCUUUCAUACUAAACAUACAAAGAAAAUGUAAUCAACUGUAACUGCUUUUAAUGAGUGUUUUUAUAAACAUAGAAAUGUAAAUUUGUACCACUUGGGUCCAACUGUCCAUCAUCAGAAGCACUCCAGAACAGAUACUUGGUCCAGCACUGCUUUUAUAAUCCAUAGAUUUAAGGAUAUUUGUGCCUUUACAGUCCGAGAAAACAGAGCUGUACAAUUCUUCCACUCUACUUUUUUAUCCUGUGAUCUUAGAGAAUACAACCCAUGUCUAAAUACAACCUAUGUCUUAAACUUAAGAUAACUUAAACUUUAUGGAGAAGUGGUUUUAUACCAGCCUUAGUAAUGUUCCUUAAAGGCCUCUUUACUGUUAUUUUGCUAUUAAUUUUGUUUGUCUUGAGCAAAUGUUGCGGGUUUUAAUUUUAAUUGACCACCUCAGAAACAUCUGAAGCUGUGCUACUAUUUCAACCCAUAUGUCCUCUUUUAUAAGCAGCCUAUGUAUUUCCUUGAAUUCCUGCAUUCUAGUCAUGUUCUGCUGUUUUAGUUGAUCCCAUAAUACCUGAUUUCACAAACUACAAAUAGCCCCAUAUCUAGCAUUCCAUUCUCUAAGCUCCUUGCAUGCAAAAGUUGUAGUGUUCAGUAUGCAGACAUAUUAGAGUCUUCCUGUACAUCUCUCUGAAUGAUGAAUUUGGGGCAGAAAAGAUGCAAACAAUUUUCUAGCUGUAUUCUCUUCAGUAUUGCUCAUGUAUGUUCCUUUAUUCCUUGCUGCAUUGUCAUAUAUCUGAUUUCUAUACUUUGCAUUAGGCAUGGAAAAGUUGUGUGAUCCUCUCCUAGACUUCUCCUGACUUCAGGUUCAUCAAGUUCAGUGUCUGUACUUCUAGUCAUGCCAGUCAGAACUGCAAUAAGCUAUUGCCCUGCUACUGAGCCCUUUAAAAAAAAAUAGUAAUAACGUUUUUUAAAUUACUCCAGAGGUUACAUAACCCAAAACUUUCUUGUUUCUUUUUCCUGUUGUAUUUCAUUAUCCCUCUUUAAGUCUUGCCUCUAAUGAAACAGAUCUAUUCCAAAGCUAUCAACAAGAAACUGCUGAUCUUUGCCCUGUUUUAUGGGUAACAGUUUACCAAUGGUCUGCCUUGAUGUUUUUGCAUAAAGAUGUCUCACUUUUUCAGUGUUGAAUCAGACAAAGAAUACUGUGUGCCACAGAAGUUAUAUGCUACCAGGACCCUCAAAACAUUCCAUAGAAAGUCCCUGUCUUCCUGCUGAGAUAAUGGGUGUAGUUACUGUCAUUGAUUUUAUUCAGUUGUACAUAACAUAUGCAUAUCUUUAAUGGGAAUAAAGGUUAUUUUUUAUUAUUUGUAA